GGUCGCGGGCCUGUUAGUCGCGUGCCGCCGCGGGGACCUCGCAGACUGUACGCCGUCCCGUGGCCGACCGCACGCCGCCGACGCCAACGACCACGACGACGAUCGCGUCACUUUAUCGCGCGAGUUCUCGAGGCGUGCACGUUGUUGUGACCGUCUGCAGCUUGCAACGUUAUCGUUUAACAACAUUUUUCCUUUUUUAAUUCCUUGGCCCGCGGACUGCGAUGCGACGAUGAAUGGUAAUAAGCCACGUGGACGCCGCGCACUUCCAAUGUGGUGCAAAGUGUUCGUCACGGUCGGAUUGCUCUGCGAGUUGGCACUGUCGGCCUCGCCACCAGUGAUUGCGGGUGAUCCUGAGUUUACGGAACCUAUAGUGAACGUGACAGUACCUGCAGGACGUAGUGUAAAGCUAGGGUGCUCCGUCAGAAAUCUGGGAUCAUACAAGGUAGCUUGGAUGCACUUUGAACAGUCAGCCAUAUUGACCGUGAAUAGUCAUGUGAUAACUAGAAAUCCGAGAAUUACUGUGUCCCACGAUAAGCACCGUACGUGGUUCUUACAUAUUAACAAUGUGCAGCAAGAAGAUCGAGGCCGUUACAUGUGUCAAAUAAAUACGAUCACCGCUAAAACCCAAAUCGGAUACUUGAACGUUGUCGUACCACCAUCGAUAUCAGACUCGUUGAGUAGUUCAGAUGCAAUAGUUCGAGAAGGAGCAAACGUGUCGUUAACGUGUCACGUAGAUGGUUAUCCAAAACCAGAUAUUAAAUGGAAACGCGACGAUGGUUUGCAAAUCAACAUCAACAAAACCUUGAACGUGAGUGAAUGGGAGGAACCCACCUUGGAACUGCAUCGGAUCAGUCGGUUGGACAUGGGCGCCUACCUGUGCAUCGCCACAAAUUCUGUGCCUCCGUCGGUCAGCAAACGGAUAAAAGUCAGCGUGGACUUCCCGCCGAUGCUGUGGAUACCCCAUCAGCUGGUCGGCGUGCCGCUGGGCUACAACGUGACGCUGGAGUGUUACACCGAGGCGCACCCCACGUCGCUGCACUACUGGACCCGGGACAGCGGGCAAAUGUUGCACGACAGCAGCAAGUACAAGGCCGUGUCCAUACAGGGCGUGCCGUCGUACAAAGUGCAAAUGAAGCUGACCAUCGUGGACGUGUCGCACACCGACUACGGCGUGUACAAGUGCGUGGCAAAAAACUCGCGAGGCGAGACCGACGGCACGAUUCGGCUGUACACUUCACACCCACCCACUCUGGCACCAGAACUUCAGAGCACGGAGAAUCCCUCCCCUUCUGGCAUCCCAGCUUUAGGUCCACAAUGGACGACCGAUAGGAGUAACGAUUUAGAAAAUGGUACGUCGAACAACACGAACGGAAAAGGAAGGAAAAAAGACGAUGAUUCUAUUUUAAACGAGAUCACUCGAUCUGGACAGACAUAUAGCAAACCCAACAGGCCAGGCAUUAUCAAAAAUUCAACGCCAAGACUGACUCCGACCAUGACUAUGGUGGUUUUGACGGCCGCUGUCCGACUGUUGUCCAAACGACAAGAAGGAUUGAUAUAAAUGGUAUUCAUUUUGAAAUACCAAAAUAAUUAACGUAAAAAAAAAAAUUAAAUUAUCCAAAUAUAUAACAAACAAUAUAAAUAAUAAGCUCAACUUCCUCGCCCACUUAAUCCUUAUCCAACACGUAUUAUGAUUAUUAUAAUAUAUAACAUGUAAUACGUCCCCCGCGUGGAUAACCCUUCACACUCAUUCCAAACUGUUUACCAGCCACCACUAUACAUCCAGAAUCAUGGAGUAAGCAAGGAUUAUCCUUAUAUUAUCCUUUUCUUCAUCAUAACCUGAGACGAACUUUACCUUAUGAGGAUUAACGCCAAUCACCAUCUGCAGUUAUAGCCCUCGAGCACCUAUCCAUAAAAUGCAUCUGCAGUCACCCAUCACGGAAUCACAGAUCAUGUAUUUUUACAUAAAUAUUGCUAUUAUUAUUAUUAUUAUUAUUAUAACUAUUAUAUGAUCAUCACAAUGUUAUAUAUCUGGUGAUUUGUAAGCCAUGUGCACGUAGGUCCACCGGUGCAAUGAAAUUGAUUGAACCGACUAUGCAGCAACACCGUUGUCAUGCUAUACUAUGAUAAUAUAGUGCCUCACACGCGACCUUUAAUUUUUAUGUAUGUAGAAAAUUAAAAGAAAAAUAGACAGUGAAAAAGAGUGAGAGAGGGGCGUAUGAAAAAUGUGAGAAAUUAUAUUGAAAAUAAUAUAUCUGAAAUAGAUGUAUGUACGAUAGUUGAUUUAGAAGAUUUUUGUUGUUUUGUAUAUAUGCGUUUAAUUUAACGAGACGACACGCUAAAUAAAUAAAAAUAAAAAAAAUAAUAUUUUCAAUGAAUCUGAUAUGUUAUUAUAUUAUAUUUAUCCUUAAAAA